UAGGGAGUGACGGCUUGUCGUCGCAUGUGAUUAGUGGGUGUGUGUUGUCUUCCUCAUUCAGUGCGACGUUUUAUUAAAGUUGUAAGAUGGCGACGGUGCAUCUGAGGAUCGGGGACCUAGUGUGGGGGAAGCUCGGGCGCUACCCACCAUGGCCAGGAAAGGUAGUAAGCCCUCCAAAGGACCUGAAAAAGCCCAGGGGUAAAAAAUGCCAUUUUGUGAAAUUCUUUGGAACUGAAGACCAUGCCUGGAUUAAAGUAGAACAGCUGAAGCCCUAUCACGCCCACAAAGAGGAGAUGAUCAAGAUAAAUAAAGGAAAGCGCUUCCAGCAGGCAGUUGAUGCAGUGGAAGACUUCCUAAAGAAAGCAAAGGGAAAAGAACAGAACCCAGAGGGUAAAGGAGAUUCAAAGGGAAAGAAGACACCUAACAAGCCACUGAAAAUACUGGAGGAGGAUGAUGAGGAUCUUAGUGCACUGAAAGACCCUUCUGAGAAGGACUUGACUGACUCUGACCCCGAGCCAUCCACUAUUGAGAGGCUGGGGGCUGGACCUGGCUCAGGAUUCAAUUGGGAAAGCAGUCCUGUAAAGGACGACCCACAUUUCCAUCACUUCCUUCUGAGCCAGUCUGAGAAGCCAGCCUCAUCAAUGGAACCCAUCAGCAAACGCCUGAAGAUCAUUGAAGAGGACACAGGGUCAACAUCUAUCCAAGCAGCCGACAGCACAGCCAUCAAUGGCAGCAUCACACCCACAGAUAAAAGGAUAGGUUUCCUGGGGCUGGGGCUGAUGGGCAGUGGUAUUGUGUCUAACCUGCUGAAAAUGGGUCACCUGGUCACCGUGUGGAAUCGCACAGCAGAAAAGUGUGACCUAUUCAUUCAGGAGGGCGCCAGGUUAGGUCGGACUCCUGCAGAGGUGGCUUCCACGUGUGACAUCACCUUUUCCUGCGUCUCAGACCCAAAGGCCGCCCGGGAUUUGGUGCUCGGGCCCAGUGGGGUGCUGCAGGGAAUCAGGCCAGGGAAAUGCUAUGUGGAGAUGUCCACUGUUGACCCAGAGACCAUCACAGAACUCUCACAGGUGAUCACGUUGCGGGGCGGCCGUUUCCUGGAGGCUCCAGUGGCAGGAAGCCAGCAGCUCUCCAAUGAUGGGAUGCUGGUCAUCGUGGCAGCUGGUGACAGGACAGUCUAUGAGGACUGCAGCAGCUGCUUCCAGGCCAUGGGCAAGACCUCCUUCUUCCUAGGUGAAGCAGGGAAUGCAGCAAGGAUGAUGCUGAUCCUCAACAUGGUGCAGGGUAGCUUCAUGGCCACCAUUGCAGAGGGGCUUACUCUGGCCCAGGCCACUGGCCAAUCACAGCAGACCUUCCUGGACAUCCUGUGCCAGGGCCAGAUGGCGAGCACCUUUGUGGACCAGAAAUGCCAAAAUAUUUUACAGGGCAACUUUAAACCAGACUACUAUUUGAAACAUAUUCAGAAGGAUCUGAGGCUGGCCAUCUCCAUGGGCGACAUGGCCAACCAUCCAACCCCAAUGGCUGCGGCUGCCAAUGAGGUUUACAAGAGGGCUAAGGCACUGGACCAGUCAGACAAUGAUAUUUCUGCAGUCUACCGAGCCUACAUUCACUAGAGUGGGGUGUGACCUAUCCCCUGGACCAGUCUUUAAUCCCUUCUUAUUUCUCCAUUAUUUGCUGCGUUUUAUUUACAAUUCGAGUUGUUUUAUUUCAUUUAGCCCCAAUGGCAGCCAUGUUACUUGCCCACGAGUCAUUGCUUGUAAUUAAUUUUUUAGAGGAAGCCUUGAGCGUGGUACUGCCUGUACUGGGGGAAUAUACCCUGUUAUGGUGUGUUCAGAACAAUCACAGUCGAUAUUUGCCAAAUGCGAGUUUGGCCCCUUAACUGUUUGUGGAGUGACUGGAGAAGGUAGAGAAGGGUUGUGCUGACUUUGUUUGUAGUAAAGAAAAAUGAUGGCUGUAUUCACAUUAGUACUUUCAGAUUCAACCUGGUCCUCCUACUCUUACUGUUUCUAUAAAGUGCAGAUUUAUAAUAGAACUCACUGUCCACAGACGACGACAAUAAGUUUGUCCAUUUCUUUUGCUCAAAUUGAACGUUCAUGUGAACCGGCACAAAUUUGCCUCACUGCUUUGAUUUAGUAGGAAAUCACAGCAUGGUGAAACUAUUUUGAUCUGAACACACCAUGAGAUUGCGGGAGCAGUUUGUCUGGUUUCUGACAACUCAAAAAAAGGAAAGGGGUGGAAGUAACACAGGGUGUUUGGGAGGUGGUCGGGGCAUUGCUACUGUGAAGAGCAGCGUGUCAGACUGAGUCCAGAGAAAAUGCUGUCGGGUAUAGUGGAUACAGAAACCCUAAAGAUUUUUGUUACUGUGCAAAUGAAGAGUUUAUUUAAUUGAGUGUAAUAUUUGCUUUUCUUUUUAAUCGUCCAGAAUUCCAUGAGAGAAAAACACCAAGAACAUGCCACUGCAUUGCCUUAAUAUUGUAACCCCUCAAGUCUUUCAAUGAUAGAUGUAUUUAUUUGUGCUUUUUUCCAGGUCUUCUUGGUGCAGUAUCUUCAUGGCUUGUUUCUGUGUUUGAUCACAUGAUAUAUGCUUUUAUGUUGGUGUUAUUGAUUACUCUUUCUUGAAGCGGUAAAGGACAACAACAGAUGUGUGGAGGCCUUAAAAUGCAGUAAUAAUUGAAAUGACUCAAGACUUGAGGUUCCCACAUAACCCCUUCAAUGUUUUGCUUGGAAGAGUUCUCAGUUCUACAGUUUUUUUCUUUAUUUUUUAAUAUAUUAACCUGUAACGAGAUGAAUCCACUUCUUGAGUUGCAUUUUAACUGAAGUUCAUGAUUUAAGCCCAAGUGUCAUGUUGUUGUUUCUGCUAAGUUAUAAGUAUAAAUGGCUAAAUUCUGAAGGCCAAGAUUAGAGCAUCAAGGGGCAAAAAUCUCAGAUUAAAAGACAAACUAAUGAAACAGUUUAAUGUGGUUCAGUGGUGGGAAUGUUUCAAUAGUCUUAAAGACUGGCACUGGAAUAAAUAAAACAUCCUCAGUUUA